UUAUCUGUCAAACAGCUGAAGGAUGUGUAGUUCCUCAGGAGAAGAUAUUCGAGACACGGAAAAGUAACAAAUGAUUGUGGUGAAUUGUAUGGGUUAACGACAAUGUGAAUCGUAAAUCAUAGACCUAACGACAUCUGCUUUCACGAAUGUUAACAUAAGAAUGGAAAACAAUUGUCCAAAUGGCAUGGAACCACGGGAAAGGGUUUCGGAAAUAUGGCAUGAUUAGCAAUGAACACUUCAUCUUGAGCACAAUUUUGGUGCUCUGUUCAUAAAUCCCCUUUCCCUACCAGCUUUCUUUUACAAGUAAUCAUAAUUGUAACACAUAUUGGAGGUUAAGGGACUGCCAAUCAAAAUUUGGCAUGCAGAAACGGGAUUUCGACAGGACUGAGGAACAACAACAAGGUCGACGAAAAAGUGCUCGCAGCAUGCAUGGUGCAAGUCGACAAGGCAGCUCCAGUAACCAAGGGGUUCUGAUGGUGGGCCCAAAUUUCAGGGUUGGAAAGAAGAUAGGAUGUGGUAAUUUUGGAGAAUUACGGCUAGGCAAGAACCUGUACAACAAUGAACAUGUUGCUAUUAAGUUGGAACCUAUGAAAUCCCGAGCACCACAGCUACAUCUAGAGUACAGGUUUUACAAACAGUUAGGCCAAGCAGAGGGUGUGCCAAAUGUCUAUUACUUUGGACCAUGUGGGAAGUACAAUGCACUGGUGCUGGAAUUACUUGGACCAAGUCUAGAAGAUCUGUUUGACCUUUGUGAUAGGAAAUUCUCUCUCAAAACUGUACUUAUGAUAGCAGUACAACUUAUUACAAGAAUGGAAUAUGUUCACUCAAAGCAUCUGAUCUACAGAGACAUUAAACCAGAAAACUUUCUUAUAGGAAGGCAAUCAACAAAAAAACAGCAUAUCAUAAACAUUAUAGACUUUGGUUUAGCAAAGGAAUAUAUUGAUCCUGAGACUCACAAGCACAUCCCCUACAGGGAGCACAAGAGCCUUACAGGAACAGCCCGAUACAUGAGCAUAAACACACAUUUAGGAAAAGAACAAAGUAGACGGGACGACCUUGAAGCUUUAGGGCACAUGUUCAUGUAUUUUCUCCGAGGAAGUUUGCCCUGGCAGGGCUUAAAAGCCGACACUCUCAAAGAAAGAUAUCAAAAGAUUGGUGAUACAAAGAGGGCCACACCUAUCGAAGUGUUAUGUGAAAAUUUUCCAGAUGAGCUAUCAACAUAUUUAAGGUAUGUGAGGAGACUGGAUUUCUUUGAGACUCCCGACUAUGAUUACCUAAGGAAAUUAUUCACAGACCUCAUGGCACGUAUGAGCUAUGACUGCGAUUGGGAUUUCGACUGGACAGGUCGACAGCCUUCAAUCAGUGCUCAAGACAAUCCACCAAAGAAUGAAGAUCACAAUGGCCGUGAGAGGCAUCACGCACAAGCAAAUAAGAAAAAUGUGCAGUCUGGCUUACAAUACAAAGCAUUGCCAAGUUCAAAUCAAAGGGGGCAUGCAUGGGGUGAGGCCCCCCGGCACGCCGGUAACUAUCUGGGGUCCAACCUUGCCGCAGAUAGACAUGGGGGAUCUGUUCAGGUGGUCAGUUCCACAAAUGGAGAGUUGGCACCAGAUGAUCCUACUGCUGGACAGUCCAACACGCCCAUCAAUAACCCCUCAGCUCAUCGGGACGAGGAGAAGAGCGAGACAAAAUGCUGUUUCUUCAAAAGGCGCAAGAAAAAGAAGACGCGUCGAUCAUAGACUUGAUGCAUAACGUACCAAAAACAAGCCACUUUAUCACACAUACAUACAGACCUAAGGAAGCCACUUACUGUUUUCAUGUUGAGCCUUCCUUAACUUUUAUGUAUGCAACCAAACAACUUUCUUUUUCGCUUUUGGAAAAUUUCGCUACGCUGAAACUCCACGUAGAGGCAUGACUAACCUGUAAUUCAAACCGUGUCUAAGGGAUUUGAAUUUGUAUACAUAUAAAAUACCACAGCUGAUUAAGACAGAGACAAGCCUCACAGUUUUCGCUAAUGGAAGGAAAACAAUGGCUGCUAUCUCCUGCUUUUCUGUCGCAGAUGUUGCUGUUUCACCCGUUCGAAAAAACGUCGGAAAGAAAAAAGGCGGAAAUGACAUGCGGCCCAGGACCAUGGCCUUGAUACAGUGCCAUUGAAUUUCCCUCAGGAAGAUGACAUCGCAACAUUUGACCUAGGUCCCUCAGUGCGAUCAGUCACACCGCGAGUACAACUGACAUACCUAAAUCAGUCUUUCUUUAACAAUGAUAAUCAGUUUUAAAGUCAGUUUUCUUCAAUUCUACUUCAUAUGAUUUGUUUGUGAAUAUUGUUUUAAUUAAAUAUAUGUAAUUGAUUAGGUUUUCAAAUUAAUGACUUAGUUAAAUUGAUGAAGAAAUUUCAAAUGUGCAUGACAAUUAAGAUGUAAUCGUAACUCACACACUUGAGUUUGUCAAUAUUGUAGUUGCCAAUUAUGAAAUUUCUUCAAUUUCAAUUUUAGUAUCUUUUAUAAUAAGUUAAUCCACAUUUUCCUAUGGCUCAUAUGUUUAGUUGAUGCAAUCUUUUGCGAAGGUUUAAAUUAGUGGUUGGGUUAACAAGUUGUUGGAGUGUAUGUAGGAAGGGCCAUCAAGCACUCAGUAGUCCUGGUAAUAACUCGGAAUUUUUAGUAAACCAUCAUUAUUUGUAUUUUGUCCACAAAUCUGUCAAUAGAUGAGGUAAUUUUUCAUAAUAUUGAAUCUUAAAUCACAAACUGCCAUGAUUUGAAGCCAGUCACUUACUAUUUCAUUCCUCUGUGUCAGUGACUAGAGAUUUUCAGUGGCUAUUGUUAUCAGUAAAGUUCAAAAGAACUGUCGACUUUGUAAACACAAAAUGCAACUUAAUGUAUUACAUUGAAGGUGUCUUUAGUUCCUUGCUUUUCAGAGACAAUUUUAAUUCUUAUUCAGACUUAUUGAUGAGUGGUGUUUGUGGGGAAAGUAUAUAGGGUACAUGGGACAGAUUUAGCCACAGUUGGUUAGAUAGUCUAGCUUAGUCAUGGACAUGUUUGAAUGGCAGACCUACACCUACCAGGAAUACAACUUUCUGAUGAUUCAUAUGUUUUGUGUUCAAUUGACAAUAAACAUUGAAGUAGGACUGACAUUAUUUGGUUCGAUGACUUGUGUAGGUCCAAAUAAGGAGGUGGACAGUUGUAUGUGGGGGAGAUGAUCUGUUUGUCUAAGUCAGGAACAAAUUGCCACCAUUGUUUAUAGAUGUUAUUUGUUGUUUUGUUUAUCAAAAGGUAGAAUUUUAACAGUUUUAUGAUUUAGCCAAAAGUAUAGAGGAAGGUGAUGACGAUUAGUAAUGGUACAUUAUAUGUCAAAGUCAGUAAUUAUUUUGGAUUUUCAUCUGUUCAAAGUGAAAUUAUGUUGUAAACAGAUUUCAUAGUGUGUAUGGAGAGAGAAAGUGUUAUGUAAAGCAAUAGAAUAUAUAAAGUAACUAAUACAGAUGAUGAUCUUAAGAAAUUAUUGACCUUGUGUGUGGUGUAUUUUGAGCUGUUUUUAUGGUAGCUGUUUUUAAGUCAGGAAGUUGAACAAGAUAAUGUUGGAGAAGUAGGAUUGGUUAAGUGCUAUUUAAUACAAAGCAGAACUGGUCACAAGACUUGUGGUCCUGGGUGCAUAACACAUGUACAACUCGCUAUAAUAGUGUAGAUAAUCAUCAAAUCUGGCAUUCCAUAAUCCAUCAUUUGUAAAAAAAUAAAAAAGAGUAUUAUAAUGAUGCCUUGACAACAACAUUUUAAUGAUUUGAAAGAAUUAUUAAUGAUCUUGCAUGUUUUGGUGCCAUUUUCACCAGAUGAAUGUUGUUAGUGUACCAGUUAUCUCCCUUAUUCAGUUUCUUCCCGUAGUCUAGAGUGUAUUGGAGAGCCUCCCUUGUCAGCAUAUAGCUAUCCAAACGAUUUGACCGUUUGGAGGACAGACCUAGUGAUGUUAGUUUACUUACUGGGUGAGCCUCAGAUAAUGAUUUCAGGGUGCAUGUAGGUAUUAAUAUUUGCAGAUCCAUUAAGAUUUCUGCCUGAAAUAUAACAUUUAAAGAAACAAUUGUCCACCUAAAUAUGUUAUAUGUAGGCGAUCCAAAAGGCUUUCCUUUUCAGGAGAAAAGUAAUCAGAAUUUGUUUAAGGAACUGACCAUAUGUAUGAUGAGUAUUUUCAGUCUUUUAAAUCCCAUCAAACCUCCUCCCAAAUAGUCAUCCUCAUUGUACAAAUUUUCAUUUGAUCCACAUUGCCAUGUUGUAAUGAUAUAACCCAUCACUGGAAUUGAUAAAGUCACUGUCAAUUUUUGUUAGUCCAAGUCAUUGUAUCUUCCUCGUACAGGAAUAUCACUUAUCAUAUUUUAUAAGGAAAGUCAUGGUCAGAAGUUGUGAGAGAAUCCGAAAUGCAUAGCUUGUCAUAGUUUUAACUGAAUGUUUCCAUUUUACACAGUUGAUACUGGUGGAAGUGGCAUCAAUAUAAUGGUCUAUCAUAACAGUUAAUCUAUCAUAACAGUUUAUACAAAACAGCAGUCAGGGUUAUCAAUGGCCUAACAGCCCUGUGGCCCCGAUACACACUGCAGCAAAUCAGAUCUGUUACAACACUGGUCUGUAGCUUGUUCAUUAGUUACAGUGGUAAGAUUCCAUAUGUACAUCAACAAAUGCAGCCUGUUGCUGCAAUGUUUUGUUUUUAUUUGGUCAUAUAUGUCACAAGUGACGAUUCCUUGUAUAUUGUACAUAAUAUAUAUAUACUCGUGUUAAUGUAGGUAUACAUCAAGUCCAGGAAAUUUUAUAUUGUGUGAGAAGGAGAGAAAAAAAAAUUCCUUAAAAAAAUUGAUAACAAAAUUUCCACAAUGUUAUGUUGGAGGGAAACUGUAUCAUGACGCAACGUCUCAUCGAAAACAUCGGAAUUGAAAUGAGGCUGCAAUUGUGUGUACUUGCCAUGAUGUAUAUGUUUUUUUGGAUGACAGUCUCAUAGUGUUUCUUUGGUCAAAGUUGUCUACAUUGUUCAGGCUAAUCUGACAGAGCUAGUCCACAAGUAGGUGGUAUUUUAAGUAGGUGAAUGAUAUCUGGUGUCCCGGGAGUGCAUCAGGAUCAGAAUUUUAUUUCAGAACUACAGAUCAUCAAACUGAAAGAAAAUGUUGGAUUAAAACUUUUACCUGUCUCGAUCAGACUGAGAGGAUGCUGCAUGAACAGAUAAAACAUAAGCAGCUAUUGAUGCAUAACAACGACGGUGGUUACCGUUCUACCUGUGCCAAUGACAAGCUGCUAGUAUCAGGUGUCUUUCUGUGAUCAAUAUGUGCAUUUUGAAGAUGCCAGUCCUAAUGGAUCACUGAAGAUGGAAGAUGUAGUUGAAAAAUUCUGUACAAUGUUUAAAUGGUAUAUAUAUAUAUAUAUAUAUAUAACAAUGAAAAUAUCCCAUUUAAGCUACCGUUGACCCAAUGAUAUUUGUUUGUCAAGAAUAUGAUUUAAAGUGAUAAUUUGCCAGUGUAUCUGGACAUUGAACACAUAUUUUUAGUUACGCUUCUCCUUUAAAUGUUUAAGACAAGUAAGAAUGGUAGCAUGAUUGUGCAAAAUGGCAGUUGUGAGGAAAUGUCCGUUGUGUUUACAUUGUGCUGUUUCAUGUAAAUAUUCUCUUCUUUUCAAAUUUUCAUCUUUACACUAUUUUUUUUUUUUUUUUUUUUGCAAAUUCUAAUUGCUAUCUGUACAUUAAACUGUUAAUUGUUCACAUUUGCCUGAUGAAGUGAUGUAUAAUUGAUUGAUAACUGUAAGUCAGGCUAGGUCUGCAACACUAGCAUCAUAGGUAUCAAACUGACCAAUUCAAAAUUACAACAUAUCUUUAACAGCUGCGUGGAUGAAUGAUUUUAAUUGUAGUAAUUUUAAAUUUGGAUAAAUCCUUUAUUAGUUCUUCAGUCAUUGCCCUAUAUUUUGUACAUUUUACAUUUAGUAGACAGUUCAUCACUUCAUCCAAUGUCUCGCAUUUUGCUUUAAGGAUAUCCAAUACCUUAAGUAACUUCAAUUGAAGAAGAGUUCCAUGCUAAUUAAUGUAUUGUAUGUCUUUCAAUAAUGGCGAGAUGAACAGGAAUAUUUGAUGAUUAAUGAGAGAUUGACAGGCAUUUGAAACGCAGACAAAAAUCACAGGUAAAAAUGUACAAGGUAGUAUUAUAUAUCACAUCAUUACGCAGGAUUGAUCUCAAACCAUUUCAGAGCUAAGAAAUAUAUCGAAUAUAAACAGUUGUGUACACAUUUGUAAGAUGUGUAUUGAUGCAGAGAAACUCUGCCGUGAUACAAGACUUUGGAAUGUGGCUGAUUCUGUUCACAGAAAUCCAAUGUUUAUUUCUUCAGGUAUUUUAAUAUACAAUAUGUCUUGCGUUGAUGAAAUACUUCUUGCUUGGACUCCAUCGUAGCUUUGCUUCUUUGAAACUGCUCUCACUUUUCUGUUAAUAUGGGUUACAGCUUCAGAAAAUGCCCCAAAUUGGCUUGCAUCUUCUGCAAGUAUAGCUAUGUUUAAUUGAUCACAUUUGCAUAGUAACCAGAGUGCAGAUCUUUUGUUGAAAUUGACUAGUUUCACCAUUAUACCCACAUACAUGGUAUCUUAAGUUAUCAGUUUGCAUUGAAAGCAUCAGCAAAUGAAAACCACCCUAAGGAACAUCUACAAUAUUCUGUUGUUUUCUCCUACUAUUGCCGUCGGGAUUUCUCCAUCUUUAAAGUGUAUUUACAUGUAAAAGCAUGUCAAUAUUCUGCCAAUUUGUUAGCUGAAUUUGAUGACAGAUCUUGAAACAUUGUAUUGUAUUGCGUCAAAGUAUUUGAUUAUUUAUUGUUUGUAGACAAGCAGUAAUUUACGAAAAAAAAUCUUUAAAAAAAUCUAGGCAUUGUUUUACAACUAUGGAAAGUCUGUGAAUAUUUUUCAGCUAUGGGAACAAGGUUUGCAUGUAUGCUCCUAUAUUGUUAUCAUGAUUUGAGUAUGAUUGAGUGUGGAUGUGAGAGAAGCCAAUCGUUGUUGAUUAUCUUGAUGGAACUUUUAAGAUUGUCAAAUCAGUCACUUGUAAGAUUUGUUAUUUAAUUCAUUUUCAUGUACAGUCAUAUUUUUUUGCCUCAAUUAUUUGUGCUAAGGGAAAAAAACGAUGAGAAAAACUUGUAGGUCAUUCUGUUCCUUAUUGAGAGAACUGCUGUGGUCUUCUUGAGGAAUAAAAUAUCUUUUAAUAUCUA